CUAGCUAGCUUGGACGAGACGCGCGACCGUUGAUCGCAUCGUAUAUCUCCUUUUCUUCUUUUCCCCCUUUUCUCCAUGGCGCGCCUCAACACCUCCGCCCUGCUGCUUCUAACAGCAGCCGUAGCGACGGCUGCCCCUCGCGCGCCGUCCUUCAGGAACUCGACAGCGCCGUCCUUCAGAAACUCGACAGCGCCGUCCUUUCGGAACUCGACAGGGCCGUCCUCGGGGGGGAAUCUUACCGGGCCGCCGGCAGGGGCGCCGACCUUCUCGGCGGCGGCGGCGCCGUCGCCGCCCAAGGCGCUGCCGCAGCGGGCGACGGCCAACGACCUCCGGUGGCAGCCGUCGCUCGACUUCGACACGGACGGGUGCUACAACGUGCCGGCGAUCGACGCCGAGGGCAACGUGGCGGAGGGCCUGCCGUACGAGUGGGUGGGCCUGUCGAGCGACUGCCGGGACGAGUCGGACCUGGACAACAACAACGUGUACGCGCGGCAGCGGUGCAACAGCGGCUGGUGCGUGUACCUGUACGGCUACUACUUCGAGAAGGACGUGCCGGUGGCCUACUUCUUCGGCGGCGGCCACCGCCACGACUGGGAGCACAUCGCCGUCUGGGUCAGCGACGCCACCGGCCGCGCCGAGUACGUCGCCGCCUCCCAGCACGGCAACUACGAGGUCCGCCCGGCCGCCGACGUCCGCUGGGACGGCGACCACCCCAAGAUGGUCUACCACAAGGACGGCGCCAGCACGCACUGCUUCCGGUUCGCGAACGAGGCGGACGACAACAUCGAGAAUCACAAGGGGAUAUGGUUCCGUGGCGACUUGGUCUCGUACAAUGGCUUCCCCUCGACCGAGAUAAGGGACAAGCUGUUCGCCUACGAUUUCGGCAAGGCGACGAUCGACUUCAAGGAUUCGACGUUCCCCGGUGCUAUCGGAAGGGCGAAGCCAGCGGGCAUCACCUUUGACGUGAACCUGGAUGAGGGAUCUCCGGGGACGCCCUGA